AUGACCCGCAGAACACGCAGAAGAUCAACUAGUAUUGACUCAAAACCAGUCAGAUCAGAACGAGGAAUAGUAAAUGAGGAAGACCAUGAAGGAGUAGUCCACGUCGGACCGGGAAAUGAAGAAGUGGAAGAAGAAGAGGAGGGAGAAGAGGCAGAUGAAGAAGAUGAAGAUGGGGAAGUGACUCGAUGUAUCUGUAAACAAGAUGAGCUUCACUCAAAUACAAUCAAUUCUGAAUUUGCUCAGUUCUUGAAGCGGAAUUACAAAAUCACCGUCGAUCAAGGUUUAUUCAUAAGUUGUGAAAAAUGCGGGGUUUGGCAACAUGGGUAUUGUGUUGGAUUAUUCACUAAUGAUGAUGUACCUGAUUUGUAUUGGUGCGAGUUGUGUAAACCGGAAAAUCAUCUAUUUGUUAAAGCUGAUGGGUAUCCCAAACGUACCUUGUAUAAACCAGUUAAUGAUAAACGAAAGAAAAUUGAACAAUUUGGUGUUGGUGAUGGUGUCAAGGGGGAGAUAAUGGAUAGUAAUGGUAAUAAAAGGAGAAGAGUUGAUCGAGGAGAACGUGUGUCUCCUCCAACGACAAAUGCCACCGCAAAUGCCCAGAGUAAAGAUCGACGGAAGGAUAGACGAACCCAUCAUCAUCAUCUGGACGAAGACGAGUAUGACAAACAAUUACGAAAAGCAUUGAGAGAGAGUGCUAAAGAAUCAGGAUUGCCAGUUGACGAGUCUGAUGCCACUGGCACCGCCACUUCUACGGCCGUUACUGGUAGUGGUACUGGCCAUUAUUCGCCUCGUAAAAGGUCCAGCCGUGGUUUAUCAGGUACCACUUCAGAAGUAGAUAAUGAUCUGUUGAUCAAACGAGAAUAUGAAGACGAAGAUUCAGAAACUGGAGGAUCUACAGCAGGUGGAAACAAAUCUGGGACAAAUUCAAGAGGAGGCGCUGAUUCAAGAAAGUCACGAAAUAAGAGUGGCAAAAAAAAACGUGAUGCAUCAUCCUCCAAUACUUCAUUAGGAGGAUCCGCUGCUAACAUUGCCACUAUUGGCAAUUCUAAUCCUACAUCUACAGCAGCUUCAGCCGCAGCUGCAGCAGCAAAAGCCAAUAAAGACGAAUUGAUUCAAGCACCUUAUAAACCACGCUACGUUAGCUCCCAAUCUUCGAUCUAUGACUUGCGUAAACGAACUAGUGCCAUCAUUGAAUGGAUAGCACGAACACAAUAUGACCUCGAACAGGAACGAAAUUACAAAUUUAAAUUGUUUUCAUUCACGCCUGAUUCAGAAGCUACAAUAGAAGAAAAGAAUGCAUUAGAGGUAAGUUAUAAUGAUAAAUUGGUCAUGAUAGAUGAUCUACAACGCAAGAUUAAUGAAUGGGAGAUUCAAUUUGGUAAAUAUGCUCCAUAG